AUGCCUCGAGGCCUUUACGACGUCUCGUUCGCUGCAUCGGGCUCUGAAGCCGCCCGAGCACUAGCAUCCGCAAAGGCCAAGGCCAAAUCGAAGCAAAGCAGCUCGGCCCCCUUGACGGCCUCUUCAGCCGGCGUCGAGAAACCACCUUCUCCGAAACCAAGCAAACAGACCUCCAAGGAGGAGCCUUUUGCAAGGAAACAGCAAAGACAGUCACUACCAGUGCAAGAAUACGCAGAUCCGCUUGCUUGGCAACAGUUCUCGAAUGCUCUGCCAGUAGGCAACAAAAGCCUCCAAUAUCUACCAAGAGACUGGGGAGGCCCAGGCGUGGUUCAGAACCACACGUUGGAGGCUUUUGGAUACAACUACUCUUCCGCCAGCUCGACGUCCUCCUUUAUCCAUCAUCCUACACAACCCAUUGCGGAUUCCCACGGCCAGACGUACCACUUCAGCGGCUUCCCCUCCAACAAUGAACACCUGCGAAUGUUUUACGCACAGCCGCCACCGCCAAGUGUACCACCGUCAUUGAUACUCCGAUCCAACGGCCCGCCUCGGUCAUCAGCUCGCUUCGCAAGUGGCCAUCAUCGCCACGAGCCUGCGCCUGUCGUGCCUAGCCCUCCCCCGUCGAAGCAGAACAACAACAUUGACAUGCCACCAUGGCUCUAUCCACAGAGUAGCAAGUGGUUCGAGAAGAUGUCGUUGGACUGUGCUCGCAGCGUGAAGCUCGUGCCCACGGGAGACCCGCGCACAGAGUCUAGCGAGACCAUGACCAAGAAGAGGAAGAGAGGCGCACAUGGCCAAAGUAAGUCUGAACCAACAGGCGCAGAGACGAGCAGCAAGCGCCAAGCCAAGAUGGACGGUCUGUUUUCGACAGAGGGAGUACUUGAAAACUUUCGAUGGAGUCCUUUUGGACCGGACGAGAUGCAACAGGCACUGCUGCUUGAUCAAGUGCUGCACCAGCCGACCACGCUUGAUCUUGAGUUGGCGAGCUACAAUACGGCGUUCGCGCCGUGUGAUCUGACACUGGGGACAUCGUCCUGUUCCCCCUCAAGCCUGGGCGGGGACGGCAACCAUGGGUUUACCGACCAUCCUCUUCCUGGGUUGCUUGAUUCCAACAGCUUCAUGCCAGGCACGGCCUCUGGACCAGUGUCCGUAUUUCAAGACACGCCCGAUAUGGUGAGUGUCCCAUGCCCAGGAUAUGCGUGCCCAGCUAUAGUAGACGGGCAAUUCCUCGACAACUACUCUCCUGGUCUUGGCAUGACAUUUGACACAGUGCCGCCGGCUCCUGGCAUCCGUCCACUGGAGAGCGGUCCCUUGGACAACAUGCCUCAUGGCGACAACGGCGCACAACCAGCGAUAGAGGGCAUUGUUUCAUCGGUCUUCAGAAAAGAAGUAAGGGGGAUCAGACAAGAAGGCGAAAGCGGCCAUGCUUCACUGUAGUAGCAUGAAAAGGAGUCGAUACAGGAUAGAAGAACAGCGAAUAGAUGAACAUCAUAGACG